UUCCCAGAAAGGCCGGAGCCCAUAGCACAAAAACAAUCAUUAGUGAAAUGGCUCCCUCCCGCUCAGUCCGGGAAAAGGCAAAAAAACUGAAAAAGUAUACGAGAAAAGAAAUUUUUUUUUUGGAAAAUCAGAAUGACCGCUUAGAAAAGUCAUAACCCCAGCCAAAGAGAAUGCAGAGGAAAGCAACGGAGACUGUACGGACUCGAAUGGAGUCUCUGCGGUUGAUCUGCGACAGAGAUGCCAAAAUCCAAAUCCAGAAAGUGGACUCCUUCAUGGCGUCGUUUUGCAACUCUCUGGAUUCCAUCAAAGCCAUAGUAGAAGAAACUAUGCAAAAUCAAGGGAAAUCAGGGAGUUUGAAAUCUAGCUUGAGAGAAGCUGAUGAUGAAUUUGUUAAAGUUCUGGCAGUUAAGACUCGGAAAGAGGCUAAGCAGAUGGCAACAAGGGAGUCAAUAUCUGCUACAAGAGCUAGAAUACAAGAACUUCAAAAAAGUGUUCUAGUUCAAAGAGCUAGAAGGGAUGAGUAUGCAACGAUCAUGUCCCAACUAUCUCUUGCUUUGGCAACAUCUGAAGAAAUAGAACACCAAGACAUUGACCAUAAAAGGGAUAUUCAAGAGGCAAUGUUAUGGUACAAUAGGGUUCUUGGCUUCAAAAUUGAAGGCGGCCAGGGGGUAAAAUUCACACUCAACAACAUCAAUUUGAAAAAUCAAGAUGAGGAGUGCUCUUUCACCAUUCGCCAUGAAAAUGAUAUGUACACAUUGUUGGGUUGUGAUCCACAAUUGAAUGACACCAAACAGUUGAUCCACGAGUUGAAUAAAACCAAUGGCUUGUUCAAAUUUGUCAGAAAAAUGAGAGAGAAGUUUGAAGAAUCUGCAUCACUUGGAUUUUUGCCUCAAACCACAACUCUUCACCAAGAAUCUGCAACAGUAUCUGUGUCUGCUCCAGCUCUUUCAAUCUCCAGUGACACAAGUGAAUCUCCAACGAAGACAAGCAAAACUCCAGAUGAACAUAUAAGAAAUUCCAAAGGUAGCCGUGGCCGUGGAAGAGGGAGUCGAGCAAUCAUGUCUCCUGUAUCUGUUCGUCAGUCUCCACGUUUUAAGGCUAAGAAAUGAAGUAGAGGCAGUCUUUUCAACUUGUUUGUGUGCAGCUAAUCAUUGUUUGUGACUAGGUUUCUUUCUGGCUUGAUAGUUGAUAUGUGGCACGGGGCCUUUUUAUACAUUUUGGAAAAUUAACUGAAAGCGAAUGGAGACUCUCUCCAGCAGAUCGAGUACUACUUAUCAGACACGAUGACCUCAACAAGGAGCCCAAGCCAGCUGCACUAGUGCAUUUAUGCUGUGCUUUCUGGUAAUCUGAAUUGAUGACGGAGGAAUGAAAUGUAAGGGUCCAAACAUGAUUAUGUCCCUUUUGUUGAUAUCUAAUCUUUGGAUUUCUUCUCUUUUAAAGCACAAUGUAUUAAAGAAAGAGCUUGGCUUAAUAUGACAAGAACAAAACUAAUCAAUACAUCAACUAUAAUGCUUCCUUAGUCUCUUUUUUCCGCAUUUCUUGUUUCUUAUAAAAUGGAAUUAUACAAACUUGUAAACUUGUGAAAAUGAAAUAAUCCCUUUUAUUAAUUUCAGAAAUUGAACUCAAUCUUAUAUUCUCCCUGACCCUAUUUUACAAGAAUGUAGCAUUACCAUCCCUUUAUUCUAAAUGCAAAUUUAAAUUAUCCAUCACUUUUUUAUUGGCCCCUGCUCUUAUGAAUCCCUUCAUUAAGUUAUACGUAAAUUAAUAGAGCUUCUAACUUGUAAAUACACAUGACUCCUAAAUAUGUAUUCUCAGUCACAUAGAAGAACAUGCUGUGCUGGUGGCGGAUACAGAUAUCUUUGCAGCAGUGCAUGGGUCUGCAUCCAAAGUUUCUGUGCCUCUAAUUCAUCAUUUGCUAGAGCUGAGCAGUUACUUUCAUUACAGUCUGCAAAAUAUUUUCCACUCACACCUUCUGUUUGUGGACUCAAAGCAACAUAACAUGUGGUUGAUGCACCCUGCAUGCACGGAUUACAGCAUAUUUCAUGUACCAUAAAAACACAUUUGCACUGCUAACUUCAGUGUUUUCUGUCUCUGUCUGUCUAUACAUGAAUCUUUUUGGCAGGGGAAAUGACAAGGAGGUGUGGACAAACCUGAGAUGUAGAUUUUAGUAACUUGGACGCAAUCAAGUAAAGGGAAUCUGCUGAUGAAAGUUUUGUAUUUUUGAGAUUGUUUUUCUCAUCAAAGAAAAUGUUUUCUGAGAAAAAUUAAAUCAGGCUACCUGUGAUAAAGCCCUUGUAACUAUCUCUCAUUAUUCCAGUCUUUACGAUGCCUGGGUGUACUGCAUUGAUUGUUACUCUUGCAUUCCUUGCCUGCAAAGCAUUCAACUUUUAUGAGAUUAACUAAAA